AACUGAGCAUCAGUCGCCCGCAAGGUGUGAAGUGAUCUUAUUUCGCUCAAAUACAACACAGACCUCUUUCGCUAUGAGAUCGUUGGUGGUGUUGUUCGCUGUGGUCGCAGUGGCGGUCGCCGCACCUCGGUUGGAGAAGCGGUCGGUGGGUCACACAGUGGCUUACUCGGUGCCGGCGGCGGUGUCUCAUCAGUCCAGGGUGGACGUGCGCAGCUCGCCUGCGGUGGUGGAGACGCUUGUGGCCGAGCCGGUGGUAGCCGCGUAUGCGGCUCCUGCUGCCGUGGCUUACGCCGCUCCGGCCGCUACCGUGUACGCCGGUGGUUCAGCGGUGUCACAUCAGUCCCGCGUCGACGUGCACAGCUCGCCCGCCGUGGUGGAGACAGUGGUCGCCGAGCCAGUGGUGGCGGCUCGCUCCGUGUACGCUGCCCCCUCCGUGUACGCCGCGCCGGCCGUGUAUGCCGCUCCGGCUGCCGUGUCCAGCCAGUCCCGUGUGGACGUGCACUCGUCCCCCGCCGUGCUCCAACGCGUGGCGUACCCCUCUGUAGUGGAGGCGCGCUCCGCUUGGGCCCCCGCCGUCUAUUCUUCCUGGUAAAGCGAUCACAACGACUUAGAGCAAAACUGUGUAGUUUUCAUUUCUUACUAUGUCAUAUGUAAUGUAAAUAAUAUUAGCUAUGUGAGAAAUGAAAAGACAUAAUAAAUGUAUAUAUAUAUUUUAA